AGCAAAGCAGAGGAAUGAGGAGAAAAGGCAACUGGGAGCUUUCUGCAGUCAGUUAGCAACGCCCCACCUGGCACUGCACUGCUUAAGGAAGUGUACUAUUAUUAGUGUUACUCAUCAUGGCGAAUCGAAGGAGCACUGCUAAUUUCAUGGAUGAUUGGAAAUCACCAGAUUUAGCACAGCUGACAACUUUUGUUCCCCAAAUGCCUACUAUAGAUAGUAAAUCAAAAAACUUCUAUUUACUCACAGCUCCUUUUGCAGCUCUUGGAGCACUUUCACCAAGUGAGAAGAAAAUAUCCAAGGCUGCCUGGCCCUUGAGACAACGCUGCUUCCGUAUACAGGCUGGUUUGAACAAUCGCUGGCAGUUUCCUUAUGACUUAAGUUGUGAUCUCUUAGGAGCUGCACAGGCCAAUAAGGCUUAUACAGCUGGCCUCAAUGAGACCCUCAGAAGGAUGAUGACAGCUGAUACACCUGUAUCUCUGUUUGAUGAAUCAGAGGACUUGACCCCAAAACUGAAAAUUCAGACACAACUCUGUAAGACUAAGACACACUUAUCACAACAGGUUCAAAAGGGCAGCAAGCUGGAUAGGUUACAAACCCAUCUACCCAAAACAAAAGAAGUCCUCUUUUCCCACACACAGAAGCUGGGUGAAGACAUGGAUCCAGAUGUGUCCUUAAAAUGCUUGGGCUUCUUGUGGGAUCUUCAUCGUAUCUAUCUAUUUAAAUCCAAGACACUGUCACAGCUUUUAAUUACAGCAGUCGAGUCAAGUAGCCCAAGUGAUUUGGAAAGCAUAAAAGGAAACAAAUACAAUAAUCAGUCUAGUCUGGCUGCCCAGAAAAGUAAAGAAUAUGCUAAAGAAAACCCAAAAUUGCGAGCAGUCACUAUUUCAUUGGACAUUCAAGACCCAGAAAUCACUAGAGUUGGCUUUGCUAUAGCACUCAAGAAUUUAUACAAUACAGAACCAGAAGUAGAAGAAGCUGAUGUUUUGGCAGUCCUGGCAGCUGCGUCAGCGCUGCAGUUUCCUAGCCUGUUCCAGAAGUGUGUAUCCAUAAUGAAGAAUGGUAUUUCAUCAGCCAAUGUAUGUAGUUAUUACUCUGCUGCUUGCAAGUACAAACAGGAAAACCUGAAAACAGACUGUGAAAGGUGGUUAGAGCUGAACCUGGUUUCUCACCUUGGCUUUGAGAUCCAUCUGCAGAAUCUACCACAAGAGCUACUGCAUAAAGUGCUGAAAUCUCCCAGGUUAUUUACAUUCAGUGAAUUCAGCCUACUGAAAACUACGCUGUGUUGGGUCUUCCUACAGCUAAACCCAAAGGUUCAGAUAAUUCCAUCACAUGAAAAAGUCUUGAUGUAUUUUAGCAGUUUACCCAAGAGAUGUUCCUUCUUGGAAAGGGAUAUAGGACAGCGAUACAUAGCUAUUUUUCAAUCCCUUCGUUUACAUGGAAUCACUUCAAGUAAGCAUCUAAAGGAUUUACAGAAGAUUAACUUCUUCCCAGUGCCAUGGCUGACACAGAUCCUGUCCAACCAUUACCAUGCACUGGAAAGUGGUGGUGACAUGCCAUUCCAGAAAGAUUUUUCCACACAAGCUGUGAGAUUUGGUCUGGUACUUAAACAGGAGCCAAGAUAUCAUGAGGAAAUAAUUUCCAUGUAUGGAUUCUUCUUUGAGAUGAAAGCAAUCAGACAUGAAGCUUCAAUGUACAGUUUUUACAUUAAAAGAGUAAAACACACAGACCCAGUUUUAUCUUUUCUUGCUGCUGAAUGUAACUGUGUGAGCCUGAGACAGGAGCGUGAAGUUAAAUAUGAAAUAAAAGCACACUACCUGAUCAAUGGGAAAUGGAGGGAAUUCAGUACUGAUAAACUUACCCAAAAAUUUGGAGUUACAAAACCAUCCUGCAAAAGCCAGGUCCUCAAAGCAUGGAUACCAUCAAUUCCCAUCUAUGUGACGUAUGCUCUUCUUUUUCCAUCGUCUUAAUUCACUAAAAGUGUACUAGGGUUUUGUUGCCUGAAGAACUGAUUCCGGUACCUGAUAUGAUCAUCUAGUAGAAUGUCAUAUGUAAAGGGUGCAUUCUGCUUAGCCAACUAACCACAUUUCUCAGAGCAUGAAAAUAAAAACUGCAACCUUUCCUCGA